AUGAAAAUUAAUAUUAUUUUAUUAUUUGUUGGUUUGAUUUUAGCUUUUGCAGUUUUAUCAAAUGCUAUUUCUAUUAAAAAUGAUGGUGGAGUAAAUCCAUUUGAUAAUAAUAAUUCAGGAAGUGGAAGUGGUAGUGGUAGCGGUGGUGGAUCAUCAUCAAGUGGGUCAGGAACUGGUCAAUCUUCAGGAACUGUUUCAUCAAGUGGAUCAGCUUCAAAUAAUACUAGUUCAGGUUCACAAUCUGGUAAUGCAUCAUCAGGAUCAUCAAGUGGGUCAUCAAGUGGAUCAUCAAGUGGAUCAUCAAGUGGAUCAUCAUCAGGCUCACAAUCUGGUAAUGCAUCAUCAGGAUCAUCAUCAUCAGGAUCAUCAGGUUCACAAUCUGGUAAUGCAUCAUCAGGUACAUCAAGUGGAUCAUCAUCAUCAAGUGGAUCAUCACAAUCUGGUAAUGCUUCAUCAGGCCCAUCAAGUGGAACAACUUCAUCUUCAGGAUCAUCACAAUCUGAAUCAUCACAAUCUGGUAAUGCUUCAUCUGGUCCAUCAAGUGGAACAACUUCAUCUUCAGGAUCAUCACAAUCUGAAUCAUCACAAUCUGAAUCAUCACAAUCUGGUAGUGCCUCAUCUGGUCCAUCAAGUGGAACAACUUCAUCUUCAGGAUCUUCACAAUCUGAUUCCUCAUCUUUCACUACUACCGGUUCUCAAGGAUCAUCAGGAUCAUCAGGAUCAUCACAAUCUGAUUCUUCAUCAUUUACAACAACUGGUUCAGGAAGUGGUUCAUCUCAAGAUUCAAUGAGUGGUUCAGAUUCAAUGAGUGGAUCAGAUUCAAUGAGUGGAUCAGAUUCAAUGAGUGGAUCAUCAUUUACAGGUGGAAAUAGUGGUGGUAGUACAUCAACUGGUUCAGGUAGUUAUUCAGGUAAUCCAUCAUUAACUGGUUCAUCAGAAUAUAGUAGCAGUAGUAGUGGUGGUGGUAGUGGUUCACAUGGUGGUAGUAGUUCUCACCCAAAUGGUUGGACCGAUGUUGGUCAAUUCCUUUUGGGUUUGGCAGAAGGUUUAGUUUCAACUGUUGCAUCAAAUACUAAACUUUGUUUCCAAAGUGUUGGUUCAUCUAUCACUGAUUUCGAAAAUGCAUUCCAAUUAAUUGAUUCAGGUUUUUCAAGACUUUCAAAACCAUUAAUUGAACAAGGUUUAAUGGAUUUAGGUAGUGGUUUACUCGAAGUUGCUAUUGCUUUUGAAACUUGUAAUGUUCAAAAUCUCGCUAGUGAAAUUAAAGCACUUGCUACAAAUAUAGAAAGUGGUGAACUUGGUAUCCUCGAAGUAAUUGUCAAAGAAACCAUUAACAUUUUCCAUAAUGGUAAUCAACUUACCACUGAAUUCAAAUUAACAAUCUCUGAUUACAAGAGUCAAAAUUACUUGGGUAUGGGUUAUAAUAUUGGUGGUAUCGUCGGUAUUUUACUUAAAGAUUAA